UUUAUAUUAAAAAAAAAUCAUCCAAUUAUAUCUAUUAUUAACAACUCAUUAAUUAACCUACCUACCCCUAUUAAUAUUAAUUUAUUUUGAAAUUUAGGAUCUCUAUUAGGAUUAUGUUUAAUUAUUCAAAUUAUUAGAGGAUUAUUUUUAGCAUUUCGUUAUACUCCAGAUACUUUAUUAGCAUUCAAUAGAGUAAAUAAUAUUAUAAAUGAAGCAUGAAAUGGAUUUAUAUUUCGAAAUAUUCAUGCUAAUGGAGCAUCAAUAUUUUUUUGUCUAUAUUUUCAUAUUGGUCGAGGAAUAUAUUUUAAAUCAUUUAUAUUUAAAGAAACUUGAAAUAUUGGAGUAAUUAUAUUAUUAGUAAUUAUAGGAACUGCAUUCAUAGGUUAUGUCUUACCCUGAGGACAAAUAUCAUUUUGAGGGUCUACAGUAAUUACUAACCUUUUAUCAUCUAUUCCUUAUUUAGGAAAUUACUUAGUUCAAUGAAUUUGAGGAGGAUUUUCAGUUAGAAAUCCAACUCUUACUCGAUUUUUUUGUAUUCAUUUUUUAUUACCAUUUAUUAUUAUAGCUAUUACUAUUAUACAUUUAUUUUUUUUACAUUUAACAGGAUCUAAUAAUCCAUUAGGAAUUAAUAGAAAUAUAAAAAAAAUUUCUUUUAAUCCA